AUGGUAGACUAUCCUGCAUCUGAAUUAUUACCUUUGGUCUACAAGCAUUUCCCAGAACAGUUAAAUAAUAAUGAUAAUUGUAUAGCCAAGACUUUGCAUAGAGAUAUUCAGUGCAUAAAUACAUCCACACCUGUUAAUAAAAAGCACCAUAUAAUUACUCCCAAUAUAACAAAACAGUUAAAUCUAUUAAUUGAAAACCUAGGUUCAGAAUACUAUGAUAAAUUAGGAGAUAGAAUGUAUGGGAUAAAAGCUGAACAACAUAAUGACUGUGAUAGAAAAUGGAUAGAUUAUAAAAUUGACGAAAUGACACAGACCAAUGGGCUAAUAUAUGUAUCUUAUUAUUAUAAUUGUGAUGGUGACGGUAAUAAUAAAACCGAGAGUAAUAAUUCACUAGCUUUUUAUUGUUCUUUUUUAUUAACAGACGAGGAUUACAGCGGCACUGAUAUUGCAGGUGCCAAUACCCAUCGCCGCCAUUAUACACGUAGUACUGGAGAAAUACCAAAAAUUAUUUAUCUGUAUGAAUUACAAAUAUCUAAAAAUUUCCAAAGCUUAGGCUAUGGUUCUUCGAUUAUACUAAACUGGUUAACUAAUGUUUUAAAGGAUUAUACCGGUGUUGAUGGUCGUUCUAAUAACAAGAGUAUACAGCUAACAUGCUUUAGUACCAAUCAUAAAGCAUUACAUUUUUAUUAUAACAAAUGUGGGUUUAUUAAAAUUGCAGAAGAGGAAAAAGAAUGUUAUCCUGAUGAUGAUCAACCUAUCUACUUUAUAUUAAAGCAUUCCAUAUAA